CGCCGCGUGGUGAUGACGCUCCUGUCUGGGACCCCGUGGGAAGAUGGCGGCUCGAGUCGGGAGGCCUGAGCACCGGGCGCCGCCUGAAGUGUUUUACAAUGAAGAUGAAGCAAGGAAAUAUACGCAGAAUUCUCGUAUGAUCGAAAUCCAGACUCAGAUGUCAGAAAGAGCUGUCGAACUACUCAAUUUACCCGAGGAUCGACCUUGCUUCUUGUUAGAUGUUGGGUGUGGAUCAGGUCUCAGUGGGGAUUACCUCUCUGAAGAAGGACAUCACUGGGUUGGUGUGGAUAUCAGUGCAGCCAUGCUUGAUGUUGCGUUGGAGAGAGAGGUAGAAGGUGACCUCAUUUUGGGAGAUGUGGGUGCUGGUAUUCCAUUCCGCGCUGGCACCUUUGACGGCUGCAUCAGUAUUUCCGCCCUGCAGUGGCUUUGUAAUGCGGAUAAGAAGAGUCACAGCCCCCCGAAGCGACUCUACAAAUUCUUCAGCUCCCUGUAUGCGAGUCUGGUGCGAGGAGCUAGAGCUGUGUUUCAGUUAUAUCCUGAGAACUCUGAGCAGCUGGAGUUGAUCACAGCGCAGGCGAUGAAGGCUGGUUUCACAGGUGGGAUGGUGGUGGAUUACCCCAACAGCAGCAAAGCAAAAAAAUUCUUCUUGUGUUUAUUUGUUGGAGUCUCUGGAAAGCUGCCAAUGGGUCUCGGAGCACAGGUGGAAGAAACAAUGAGCCAAGUACAGUUCACAAAUGCCAGGUUGAGAUUUAAAAACUUGAAGGGGAAACCUGCAAAGAGAAGCAGGGACUGGAUUCUGGAGAAGAAGGAGCGUCGAAGGCGUCAGGGCAGGACUGUUCGAAAUGACACAAAGUACACCGGCAGGAAGAGGAAGACCCGUUUUUAGAGUGGAAAUGGCAGGGGACAUAUUGUUCUCAGUCGGAGAAUUUCAUUUGUUUGAUUUUGUGCCUUCCUUCAAUCUGCUGAAAUAUCUGCAAAAUGGCCCUGAUAUCAUCAGCAACGCUACACAAUGUUAAAUUCACAACUCUGGGUGGACCACCUUUGGUUGAUGGCUAUGCCAAACCAUUACCAGCACUGAGCUUCCAUUUCUGACAAUCUUCACAAGUGACUUGUUGGUUUUGUGAAUAGUAAACAGUAUAAAUGGAA